AUGGAAGCAUCUUCUUCUCAUGAAGUCAUCUUGUCGGAGGCCACCUCCUCGAAAGAGCGACAAUUGCCGAUAACAGUGCCUCUAAGUGAGAAGAAUUGUCGAAUGGAGGAUGACCAAAUUAGUGAUGAUAUUCCAUUUGAAGGGAAGGAGUUUCAGACGGACAACGAUGCAUACAACUACUACAAUGCAUAUGCAAAGAAGAUUGAGUUUGGAAUUCGCAAAGAUACUUUUGAAAAAUCAAAGAAAGCUUCAAGAGAGAUUCUUUCGAGGACUUUUGUUUGCGAUAAAGCAGGGAGAAAGAGAGCAUCGAUUGAAAAUGCAAGUGGAUUGAUUAUCAAUCAUCGUCCGAAAACUAGGAUUGGUUGUGGUGCAAAAAUAAAGAUUAGGCUUACUUCUUCAAAAGCUUGGAAGGUUACUAAGUUCAUUUCUGAGCAUGUUCAUCCUUUAACAAGCCUUGAUAAAGUAAUGCAUCAUCAUUCUCACAAGCAACGACAUCGAUCGAAACAUUGCAUUAGCCUCAUUGAGUUGUUGCAUGAAGAGGGAAUGAGACCAUCUAAUAUUAAAAAGAUGCCUAAUGUUGGAUAUCAAGGACAAGAUGCUGAACAAGUCACCACACAACAAAUGAUUGAUCAUGUCAGAAAGACAAGGCAAAGUAACAUUGGCUGUGAAUGCUUAAACAUCAUUAGACAUUUCCAAGACAGAAAGGAAUCAGAUCCAGAUUUCUAUUUUGCUAUGGAGGUCGAUCAGUUUGGUACACUGAGAAGUGUGUUUUGGGUCGAUGGUAGAGCUAGAGCCUCUUAUUUAAGUCUUGGAGAUGUGGUUGUGUUUGAUACCACAUACAAGACUAAUCAGUUGAGAGUAAACCAUCAUCACCAAUCCACUUUCUUUGGUUGUGCAUUGCUUGGCGACGAGCGAGAGGAAACCUUCGAGUGGUUGUUUUCGCAAUGGAUCAAGGGUAUGCAUGGGGUUGCACCAAAGGCUAUCAUAACUGAUCAGGAUGCACAGAUGAAAAAAGCUAUUAAGAGCAUUUUGCCAAAUACUCAUUAUCGCUUUUGUUCUUGGCAUGUUAGAAAACAUAUUGCCGAGCAACAAGUAAAGUUGAAGAGCCAAUACGGGGAUGAGAUGCCUACAUAUUUCAACAAUUGGUAUUCUGCUAGAAGUAUAAGCAAAUGCGAAGAGCGUUUUGAAGUCAUAAAGGUUAAAUUCAACAUAAAUGAAGGUGAAGAUAGUUGGCUGACAAGAAUGUAUAGCUUGCGUGAACAUUGGGUAGAUGCAUACUUGAAGGACUGUUUUUAG